AUGAGCUUCUAUCGCGGGACUCUCCAGAAAGCUCACAGCCGGAUGAUACUCUCCAGUUCCGACUUCGCAUCCCCGCCAGGCCCCCCUCCCCUGUUUCCGUCCGCAGGGAUAAGUGCAGAUCAUCCUGCCAUCUUCCGUCUAGAUCAUCCCAGCAACCGUCGGCGAUACCUAUUGUUUCUCGCCUUUGGGCUGAUAGUGCGGCAUAGAGCCGCCGCCCAAGCUAAGUCUCCCGAGCCAACCGUUGACUCGAACACGCCGAGCCGUGCUUCAAGGGCGAGGAGUGAACCGCCAAAUUCCUCCCUUGACCCUGCCAUGUCUCUCAUGCCGCUGACUACCUAUCAAAGUAUCGACGUCUCCAAGUCCAACAGUCCAACGACAUAUGUAUGCAUUCGUAGUGGUGGGGCACUUGGAGCUGGCAGCGACCAGCUAGCUGAAAGACUUGCCAAUCCCUACGUUAUGCUAGUCACAAAUGGCUGGAAUGGCGUUUCUUCUUCCAUGUCUCAUGGUAUUCCAGUGGAGAUUCGCACAGCUAAAACUUCUGUCUUUGCUGUCAAACUCACCGUCCCAGUCCAGCCGGUGGUCACAGAACACAGUCGAUUAACGAUUGCUCUUCGGGGCAAAGGAGCGACCAAUCUCCUUACCUUCUUGGAAGAGGGCCACACCCCUCCCGACCCGCUGCGACAAAUAACUAGCUCAUGGCACACUAAGGUAGGUCGUCACGAAAAGCAGGCGACCGUGAACGAAGGUCCGAGCUGGAUAACAACCAUGCUUGUUAGUCAACUUUGGAGCAGACUAGAAAGAGGCUUGAACACCCGGCCCUUGGCCAAGCGUGGCAUAGGUACAUCGACCGAGUCUAGCCUCGUCCUCCAAGCUGGAGGCCCAGGAAUAACUGCUCGUCUUCGUGCCCAUGGGGAUGCGUUGCGAGCUUUGCCCGUCGUCGCGCCUGGAGCAUCCACCAGUCUUGUACCGCCACCUUGUCUUACCCUGACACCCUUGAUAUAUGUCUUGAACGGGCCCCAAGCCGUUCACAUGAAGCACAUGCCCGCAACAACCGAGGACUUGUUUGCAGAGUACCACGGACAGGUAGUUCCAAGAGCCUUCAAUGGCGGCUUCAUCACUCUCAGCUUUGCCGUAAGCUUGAUCGGCGCCGCUUCCACGCUGGAACUGCUCAACAGACGGACUUCACCCAAGGGCAAAUUCAACCACGGUUACGAUGGGCGGCAUCGCAAUUUGGUGCAUGGUACGUCUCUUGCCCUCGGCAGCUCGCUCCGUCUAACAGGCCUCCAGCAUUUCAUCGGAAAUAGAGCCAUAGACUUGGCCAACGGAGAACCGGAGUUGCAAAUUGCAUAUUCAAGCGGCUUCACAGCCUUGUCUUUCUUCGUCCCCAUUGCCGUACUUCUCGCUGCCUUUGUCGCCGUUGGUAUCAACAAUACCGUUUCUUGGUGGCGAGUCUGCAUUGGAGGUGUUUUGGCUGGUGCUGCAAUCUGCGGAAUGCAUUAUCUCGGAAACAACUCCAUCGACAACUACAUCUGCAUUUACAAUCCGAUCAAUGUUGUCGGUGCGGCACUCAUCGCGGUCGCUGCUAGCAUAGUGGCUCUCUCCCUCUUCUUUGUCUUCCGCGCAGCCUGGACCACAUCCUGGUGGAAACGAGCUGCUUGCUCUGUCGUCUUGGCCGGUGCAGUCUCUGGAAUGCAUUGGUGUGCUGCCACAGGUACUGAGUAUCAACUCGUUCGCCUCAACGUCGGAAGCAACGAGCUAUCUCGCAACACAACCGUGAUUGUUGUCAUUUGUUUGUCCAUCGGUGCCUGCUUCGUCAUGGGCGGGACAGCCAUUUACACUGCCCGCAUCAUGAGACGCUAUGCCAGCAAAGCUCAGCAGGUCGUCCUCGCUGCUGCGGUCUUCGACAAGCACAAUCGCAUCCUCGUCAACCCAGAUGGCCUGAUCCCUACCGAGAAGAUCACCGACACAUUCCUCGAGAGAAAUGCCAGCGACAACUUCAGCAUCGCCCACCCCUUGUUCUUGUGGAUGUUCCAGGCGUCGCGGAAUUGGUCUGGCAUCUCGACACUCAUAGGGGGAAUGACAAACCAUCUUGCCCACCUUCCAAGACGAGGCCGCGACCGUGACUCCCGUGCCGGCAUCCAGCUGAUCAACGAGCAUGGCGAGCUGAUUGAAAAUUACGACGUCAUUUUCCGCGAACUCUUUUGCGUUGCGGCUGCCGGCCUUGCCGAGAAGAUGAAGGAACACCUGACAUCUGUUGGACUCUUAUGGGACGAGAUCUUACCAACGGGCGCGAGCGGAGAACGUCCUGGACAUGAGACGAGCAGCCAGCAAGACGUCGACACCAUUCUGAGACCCGACGGUUCGUUAAGGAAGGUCGAGGCUACUAGCAACAGUGACGACCUUGCAGAAAAAGGCAUUGGCCGCCGCAAGGCUCACGAAUUCGGGCGGGGUUCUCUUAUGUUCUUGGUCCGAAGAGUGCAGACUGAUCGAGAAAUCGAGAGACUUGAGGCCGCUGGUUACCGCUUUGCAGAGCUCCGUCAGGUGAGCAACAUCAUCGCGUCCAGCAUGCAGAUCCAGUCGAGAGACCUGGCGACGAAGCUGCAGAACAUGGCUUCGUACGCCAACGACAACAACCAGCUUGAGCCCGGCGUACACGUGAGCUUCUUUGGCAUUCGCGCCCGAGUAGGUAGUUAUGGGUUCGACGUUGCUGUUCGUAAGGGGGCCCGGCACCUCCUGCCCAGCGUGCAAAUGCCCAUCGACCGAGUCGAGCCCUGGCACCUCGGCUUUCUCCAGCAGCUCGACCGGUUGACCACGCUCGGGGUGAGUAGGAGGAUUGCUUCUAUGAGCAACUUAGGCACACGAGAGAUGCUCUUUGCAACACGGUUGACUGAGAGUAUCGACGCAUUGAGAGAUUGGAUCGACGACCCGAUCUUCAAUGAGGCCAUUCUCACCAGUACCGUCGUCACUCUACCUGCGGGCGAAGGCUCAGCCUCACAACCGACAAGCCUGAUCGCAUUCCGCCUGGUCAUCCCGAUUCACGUCAUAUUUUCCAGCCCCAAGUGUGAUUUCGUACCGUUGAACUUUUUCAAGGUCCAUCAGCUUGUGGGUCGAGAUGCAUCGCGGCAUCUUGCCUUUACCCAGUCGGUGCAUCGUGAGCUGGCACCGGUAGUCCAGUCGGUGCCGCUUGAGAAGCCCAGCCCUGCCAUGGCCAGGGACGGAAAGUUUCACUUCUCGUCACGUCUUCGUAAUCUUGGACGCUUCGGCCUGUCGCGCCCCGUCGAUUCGGAAGGGAACCCGAUUUCCACAGCUCUCGGGCGCUCUUCAUCGAGGACAUAUUCGAACGCAUCAAGCUCGACCCUCAAACUCUGGACAGGACGACGGGACAGCGACCCUAUGUCACCAGGCACUUCAAGCUUCGAUGGGCCACCUCCCACAUAUCCGAAUAACGAGGUAGCCAACCAGUCUUCACCGUUUGGGGGCAUCAUGGUAUCAGAAGAGAUUCGUGUCGAGAUCCACAAAGCCGACGAAAUGUCUCACUCGGGAUCUCACGAUGUGGGUGUAUCUAAUCGAAGAACACCAACAAUGCUGGGCAGAAGGGCCAGCGACAACCCCGGAAACAUGGCCAGCAGUACUGGCGGUGACCAGACGACGGCUGUGAACGAUGACUGUCGCGGCCCCAGUGCGAGCGGCAGUGCCAUUGAAAUGCGAACACUACAGGUGGCUGAGGUGAGGACUAAUGUCCAUGCUGGUGGCGGCAUGCAGAGUUCGAAUGUUGAGGCGGAAAGAGUAAACGAUGUACCGACGUUUGUCGACGAGCUCUUCACCAUCGCCAUUGAGAGUCGAUAA